GUGAAUUUUUUUCGUAUUUUUUGGUCACCUCUAGCCUGCUCUAGCUCUAGCACGUUCUGUUUGUUGUUGUGUUGUUGGAGGAAGUGCUAUUUUUGUUUCUCGCUGUACCGGCGUACCGGCUGUGGGCUCUACAAUGUCGGACGUCUUCAGAUACUGGAUAUCCCGUAUACCGCCGUUAACUUCUGAAAAUCUGUACAAAGUAUACCUGCCAAUCGCCGGUGCUGUGAGCUACUGCACAUUUUCGGUGACUGUGUUCAUACCUGAGCUGUUAUCGAGGCUCUACCCAGAUCACAGUGUGAUGAUUGCAAACUGCCUCCUGUUUAAUUCUCACGUGGGCACCGGCCUUUACAUCUACUUCAGACGACACCUCAAGGCAGCACCAUUCUACCAUCGUGUCAUGUAUAGCGCGUAUAAUGCGGUGCUUUUCAACUUUGGAUCUGUUCUCCUGUGGGCAGUUACAAAGUCUCUGCUGCCUCAGUCCAACCUGGUGAGGACCAUCUUUGCCGCAUCUACGUCCCUCUGCUUCCUAACAAUUGGCCACGAGUACCUGGACUACGUUGACAAGGAAGUGGGCAAAGGCAGCUCUCAGCAGGGAGCGGCACAUCAAUAAGGACUUUCUUACGAAACAGCCUGUGGAGACAGGCUUGUUGCCCUCACCUAGCUUUUUUUUUUUUUCUUCUUCUUCUAGACAUUGCAUUUAGUAUGCAUUCCCAUAAGGAAUAGUGCACACUGAAAUUUCUACACACACACACAUUGUUAACAGCAUGAUGUUCAAAAUGGACAAGUUUAAUGUAAAUAAAUAUUGUGUGCACAUUUGAAA